AUGCCCAGUGACGACGAACAAAAAAACGAUUUCGUAAACGUAAUGCAAAUUGAUAUGGCUGAAAACAAUAGUGAACUUAAUAUUAACGAGCAAGCCAGUGCGUUCGCGAAAGCCGAAGUUCGCAAAAUAGUUACCAACUACAAGCCGCUUCACACAAAAUCAACUAAAAUCGAGAUGCGCAUAGUUCUAAAGGACGAUACGCCAAUUUUUGCCAGACCAAGACGAUUGCCGUUUGCUGAGGCGCGCCUAGUAGAAGAGCAAGUAGAAGAAUGGCUACAAAAUGGAAUCAUCGAAGAGUCUGACUCCGAGUUCACAAGCCCCGUAGUAAUGGUAAAAAAAACUAGGACGGCUCUCCACGACUCUGCGUUGAUUUUCGAAGGAUCAAUAAGUGGACAAUAUCAGUUCCUGAAGGUGCCCUUUGGCCUUUCGAAUUCGCCUGGCGUUUUCCAGCGUCACGUUAACGCUAUUUUUCGGCAGCUGACUCGCAAAGGCAUUGCUUUGCCAUACAUCGAUGACGUCAUCAUACCGGCUUUGAACGAAGAAAAUGCAGUACUCAAUCUGAAGGAGGUUAUGGUCUUGAGCUGA